CAUACCAAAAUUUCAGUCUUAUAUUCAGUGCUUUGUGGGCAUCAAGCAGAUUUAGAAAAGUAUCAGUGGACAGUAAAAGUGUCUUAGUGUCUCCUCCAGCCUUGGAAUAUUCAACAGAUCUCAAGUCCCUCCGUCCAACCAAUUGAAAAUGAUCAUUCAGAGAAAAAUCGAUGCACUGGAAACGGUUGACAAGCAACUUGAUUUUCUCAUGGAGGUUAAAUAUAUGACUGAUGUUGUGAAUCGCAUCGCUAUACUCUUUAAUAUUGCAAAGAUCAUAGAAAAAGAUAAAGAACAGAAGAAGGUUCUGAAACAAGAGAAAAGUAAGGCCUACAUUGAAUUACUGGAUAGUAUUUUGGAGAAACUACACAGAUGCCUACCUCAGAAUCUUGCUGUUUUGAUGUGGAGCCUAGGAAUGAAUGGAGAAAAACAUAAAAAACUGCUCCAACUCUGUGAGAAAAAGAUCCUGUCUUGUGGCAUGUCAGUUUUUAACAAUGAAAACAUCUUUCAGAUUUUGAAUGGAUGCGCAAACCUCAACAUGACAAAAAGUCCAAUAUUUCCGAAGUUUGAACAAGCCUUUUUAAAUGGUGAUGUUAAAAUUAGCGAUCUUGCGGAUCAUCAUCUGUCUGGGAUAUUAUAUUCAUUUGCCAUAGCUGGUAAUGGUUCUGUAGAGUUAUUUGAAGCUUUGUUGGAAGAAUUUCUGUCAAGAGACAUGACUUCAAUGAACAGUCACCCUAUAGCAGAGUUUGUCUGGUCAUUUGCAAAGAAGGAACAGGAAGCUGAUGAACUGUUUGACAAAGUUGAGGCAGAAGUAAUAAGCAGAGACAUGAUGGAUCUAAACAAAACUGAUUUUGUUAAAAUUCUAUGGGCAUUUGGGAAAGCUGAGAAAGGUAGCAAGGAAUUUUUCCAGUCAUUGGAUCAUAAAAUUGCCUCCCUGGGUGUGAUGCAUUUAUGCAAUGCUGAAAUCUUGGAUAUUGUUUGGAGUUUCAGUAAGAGACAUUUUUCAGGAGCGAUAUUUGAUGUUGUCAAGGAUGAGUUGUUUCAACGUGGUGUUCAAACACUCCACACACAUGAACUUGUGUUGAUCCUACUUUCAUUCUUUUCUGCUCAGAGACAUGAUGACAAAUUAAUCAGUGAAAUUGAGGACGUGUUGUGCAUUAGGAGUGUAAAACAUAUUGCCAGUGCUCAGUUAUGCCAGCUUGCAUGGUGUCUGGCAAGAACAGAGAAGUCAGAUAGUGGGCUCUUUGACUCAAUUGAAGCCGUAGUAUCUCAGCGUGGCAUCAGUGUGUUUUAUAAAGAAGAAAAACUGUUGCUCUUGCAAGGAUUUGUUGAGGCCAACAAAGGAAGCAAAAAGUUUUACCAACUUUUAUGUUCUUCACUUUUAGCCAACAAAUUGUCUGAUUUUAGUGAAAGAGAUAUACAGCAAUUUGCUUGGUGUCUCUCUCAUGUAGAUAUUGAAACAGGAGCAAUCUUUGACACCCUGGAAAAAGAAAUCUUCAAUAAUGAGAAAUAUCAGUUUACUGAGAAGCAGCUGAUUUCUAUAAAGAGGAGCUUUGAAAAAGUUGGAAAAGGAACAAAGGAACUGUUUGAAUUUGAAUUGUAAGGUUAAGUAGAAUGCUUUAUUCUGUCUUUUCUCAACAAAACCAUAAGCAAAAGGAACCUAGAAGGAAUAAAGGGUGAAGCCCACCUGCUCUCCUUGGACACACCCAUUUAAUGUUUCCUUCAGAACUUACUGAUCAAUCAGUGGUUUAAAAACAACAACAACAACAACAACAAAAAACAGUGAGCUAAUUAUGAUAAUGAAAACAUUAGAGAUUCAAAUGUAAACCAUUUUAGCAAAAGGGUGUUUGAAGGGCUCAGUCAGAAAACAGGGGGGAAGGGGUGGGGGGAGAUGUUGUCCUCAUUGUGUACACCACUGCCAAACAUGUUUUGUGACUCAAUCAUCUUAGACUGGCAACUGUAAUUUAAACACUGGUAAUAGUCAAAGUAAGACGAACUCAUAAUUUGCCAGUAUACCUGCUGGUAAAUAUUAAUGAGUUUCCAGUAUCUUAUCUGUCAUGAUCAAGUGGACCUUAGCUACUGAUUUAAUGAAUGAUCAUGUGAUGCAGAGGUGCAGAACAGUUAGUAUGUGUAAGUUUUUGUCAUUGAAAUACAAUAAUAAGGCAAGUUUGAGCAAAAUAACAAGAUUUGUCCAUAGCAAGCUGAGAGCCAAAGACUAAACGAAAAGGUGUAGCAAUUUAUUCUUGUGCCAGACUCUGUCAAAUUGUGAUAUCUUUCAAUUGUGGACUUUUUAUUGGAGCAGUAUUCGUAGACCAUGCAGGAAACUCUUGACUCAUGAAAAAGAAAAAAAACUGUACCAGUGAUAAUUUUUAAUAGCCCAUUUCGGAAUUACGGUUGGUCUCUAUUUCAAAACGAGGCCUGGUGCUCAACCAUUCUUGUGAAAAUGAGUUUAAUUUGCAUGUGAAUGAAAACUUAUUAUCUUAUGAGAGGAUGAGCACCAAGACU